CCUUCUCAGUAUCUUCCUAAAUUUUUUCCCUCUUUGUCUCUCCGCUUGAGGCCUAGGGUUUUUAUUUUCGCUUUAUUCUCUGAAUUGGCUCCUGGGUAGUAACUGACCUCCGUUCCCGGAAAAGAUUCUUUCCAUUGUUUAUCUCCACUGUAGGAAUCAAAUGCUGCUUCGACCUAUUCUAUCGAGAAUACAAAACAAUCGACGCUCCGCGAAUUUCUCUCUUCUUAAAAAUGUAGGACCUUCAAUUGCGAGCCUCGCUGAUGCAACUUCUUCGAAAGAAAAGUCGCAAGAGAAAGCGUAUGUUAUUUCGUACCUGGUGAAUGCGUGUGGAUUGUCUCCGGAAAAGGCUAUCUCUGCUUCAAAAAAGGUGCAUUUUGAUGCCCCGGAUAAGCCAGAUGCUGUUCUCAACUUUCUUGAGAAACAGGGGUUUAGCAAAACGCAGGUGGCGGAGUUAGUGAGACGACAACCCCGGGUUCUGGUUUCCAAUCCUCAGAAGGUCCUUUUGCCAAAGAUUGAAGUUUUCUUGCAGCUGACAGGGGCUUCUGAAGAAGAAGUUUUCAGGACCAUUACAGUGAACCCUUAUAUUCUGACAAGAAGUGUGGAGCACAGAUUAGCACCUGUUUAUGGUUACCUGAAGGAUAUUAUUGGAGUUGGAAAAGUCGAGACCCUUUUAAGGCGGGGAUCCUGGAUUUUUAAUAUUGAUCUUGAAAAUAGGAUUAUGCCAAAUGUGGAUUUCUUGAGGGAGAUUGGAGUCCCCCAGUCGUGUAUUGAGUUCUCGUUAUUUCACUGUGCGGAGAUCUUUUUGCCAAAAUAUGCUAAGUUCAAGCAAAUCGUUGAGGAGGUGAAGCACAUGGGGUUUGCUACGUCAAAGACAACAUUCAUAUUGGCUAUACAUGCCCGGACAGGGAAGAGCAAUUUAGCUCUGUGGGAUCGUUCUUAUGAAGUUUAUAGUAAAUGGGGUUGGUCAAAGGAUGACAUUCAUAUGGCAUUUAUAAAGCAUCCUAAUUGUAUGCUUUUGUCAGAGAAGAAAAUCUCAGCAGCCAUGGAUUUCCUCAUUAAUAAGGUCGAGCAGGAGUCCAGAUCAGUAGCGAGAUGUCCGCAGAUUCUUUUCUACAAUAUGGAGAGGAGAAUAGUUCCUAGGUGUUCCGUUGUUCAUCUCUUGUCCUUGAAGGGUUUAGUUAAGAAAGACUGGAGUUUAGGUAGUGUACUUUGCCCUGUAGAGAAGGAUUUCAUUGACAAGUAUGUGACAAAAUAUACUGGGAAACUUCCCCAGCUUUAUGAUGUUUAUCUAUCAAGUAAACCAGGAGUGGUGGAAGCUUAAUUCUGUUUGAAGAAGGUUAGCUUCUACAAUAUUAGGUCUAUUUUGGUUUUGGUACAAUUUAGUAUUUUGGCGUCCGUCAAGUAUGCAAUAUGAACAUUCAUUGGACAUUUUUGGCACCUGCGA